AUGGGCGGCACGAAAACCAGACUGGUACAGCGGCAACGGCGACGGCGGCGGCAGCAGCAGCGGCAUGGGUGGCAACGGCACGAUAGCAGCCCAGCUACGGCGGCAGCAGCGGUGGCACGGGCGGCAACGGCAACGACAGCCAGCCCAACGACGGCGGGCAGCAGCAGCGGCAUGGGCGGCAACGGCAACGACAGCGCGCCCAGCGGCGGCAGCAGCAGGCAGUGGCGGGCGGCAACAGCAACGAGUGCAGCAAACAGCGGACGACGGCGGCAGCAGCAGUAUAUGGUACGGGCAACGGCAACGAUAAGCCCAGCGACGGCGGCGGCAGCAGCAGUACGGGUGGCAACGGCAACGACAGUCAACGACGGCGGCAGCAGCAGCAGCGGUACGGGCGGCAACGGCGUCGUUCGCCGCGACGGCGGCAGCAGCAGCGGCAAUGGGCGGCAACGGCAACGACAGUCAGCGGCGGCAGCAGCAGCAGCGGUACGGGCGGCAACCUGGCAACGACAAAGCAGUCGCGGCAGAGCAGCAGCGGCGGCCGGGCGGCAACGGCAACGACAGCAGCUCAGUCACGGCGGCAGCAGCAGCAGCGGCACGGGCGGUGACGACGACAAGCCUAACGACGGCGGCGCAGUAGCGGACACGGGCAACGGCAAUGACAGCAGCCUAGCGACGGCGGCAGCAGUAGUGGCACGGGGCGGCAACGGCAACGGUCAGGCGGCAGCAGCAGCAGGUACAGUGACGGCGGGUGGCAGCAGCAGCGGUACGGGGGAACGGCAACCAGCAGUCAGCGGCGGCGGUGAAAGCAGUGGCGGCCGGGCGGCAAAUGGCAACGACAGCGCCAGCGACGACGGUGGCAGCAGCAUGGGCGGCAAUUUGGCAAUAGCCGCCCAGCGGACGGCGGCGGCAGCAGCGGUACGGGCGGCAAUGGCAACAGCCCAGCGACGUGGCGGCAGCAGCAGCGGUACGGGGGCAAAUGGCAACGACAGCAGCCCAGCGACGGCGGCGGCAGCAGCAGCGGCACGGGCGGCAACGCAGCCCAGCGACGGCGGCGGCAGCAGCAGCGGCACGGGCGGCAACGGCAACGACAGCCAGCCCAGCGGUACGGGCAACGGCAGCAGCAGUGGCGGCAGAAAGUGGCAACGGCAACAUGGUGCCAGCCCAGCGACGGCGGCAGCAGCAGCGGCACGGCGGCAACGGCAACGACAGCAGCCCAGCGACAGCGGCAGCAGCAGCGGCGACGGGCGGCAACGGCAACGACAGCAGCCGACUGUGGCAGCAGCAGUAGCAUGGGCGGCAACGGCACGACAGCAGUCGACGGUGGCGGCAGUAGCAGCGGCAAUGAUGGCAACGGCAACGGCAGCAGCCCAGCGACGGCGGCGGCAGGUACGGGGCGGCAACGGCAACGACAGCAGCCCAGCGACGGCAGCAGCAGCGGCAUGGGCGGCAACGGCAACGACAGCAGCCCAGCGACGGCAGGCAGCAGCAGCGGCACACAUGGCAACCGGCAACGACAGCAGCCCAGCGACGGCGGCGGCAGCAGCAGCGGUACGGGCGGCAAUGGCAACACGACAGCCAGCGGCGGCAGCAGCAGCAAUGGGGCGGCAACCGGCAAUGACGACAGCGGCAGCGACGGGCGGCAACGGCAAAUUAGCAUGGCGACGGCAGCAGCAAUCGGCACGGCAGCCCAGCGACGGCGGUGGCAGCAGCAGUGGCAUGGGCGGCAACGGCAAAUUAUAA